AUGGCCUCCUCCUCCACCCUCCCCCUCCUCCUCCUCCGCCGCCGCGGAGGUCUCCUUCUCCGGCGCCGUUCGCCGCGCGACGGCGCUCCUCGGCGCCGCCGCGCACCCCGCCCACCUCCCCCAGCUCCACGCCCACCUCNCGCAGCCCCGCCCUCACCGCCGCCUCGUACUCCGCCUUCUCCGCCUCCCGCUCCCUACCCCGCGGCACCGCCCUCUCCUCCGCCUCCCGCCUCAACAUCUCCCCCUCCCUGCCCAGCCCCUCCAGCUCCUUGUUCGCCUCCCGUAUCCUCUCCUCCCCCCUCCCCGGCACCGGCUCCUCCUCGCGCCGCCGCCUCGCCUCCUCGAGCUCCCGCUCCUCUCCCCUCGCCACCUCCGGCGCCGCCUCCUCCACCCGCACCUCGACCCCCUCCCCUCUCCCUCCCCCCCGUCCUCAAAUCCUGCGCCUCCCUCUCCGCCGCCGCCGCUGCCGCCGCAGUCCACGCCCACGCCCUCCGCCGCGGCCUCGCCGCCGGGCUCUUCGUCCAGAACGGCCUCGUCGCCGCCUACGCCAAGUGCGGCGACGUCGCCGGCGCCCGCAACCUGCUCGACGAAAUGCCCCGCAGGAACGUCGUCUCCUGGACCGCCGUCAUCUCCGGCUGCGCCCAGAACGGCUUCCCCCUCCAAGCCCUCGCCUUGUUCCGCGCUAUGCGCGCCGGCACCGACGCCAGUCCCGAUUUCGUCGCCUACAUUAGCGUCCUCAAGGCCUACACGGAUAUCGAGGACCUCGGACACUGUCGCUCCAUUCAUGCAUUGGUGGUGAAAGAAGGGUUUGAUGGUGAACAGGACAUUCUCGUCACCCUCACCACAAUGUAUGCGAAAUCGGGGCAGGUUCUCGUCGCCCGCUCGCUGUUCGAUCGAAUGCCGACGCCCGGCUUGAUCCUGUAUAAUGCGAUGAUCUCUGGGUAUGCGAAGAAUGGUUAUUCUACCGAAGCGGUGGAGCUGUUCCGUCGCAUGAUUGCAGGAGCCGGGAAACCCGAUUCGAUCACGAUAAGGUCGGCGAUCUUAGCUUGUGGUCAAUUGGGUUCGCUCGAGACUGCAAAUUGGAUGGAAGAUCACGCUGCUCGUAGCGAAUAUAAAGGUGAUAUCUUCGUCAACACGGCUCUCGUCGAUAUGUUUGCGAAAUGUGGAAGUAUUGGUCGUGCGCGCAUUGUGUUUGAUAGGAUGCCCGAAAGGGAUGUGGUGUCUUGGAGUGCUAUUAUAGCUGGUUAUGGAAUGCAUGGAUGUGGUAAUGAAGCUAUUCAUCUCUUUGAGGAGAUGAAGCAUGCUAACGUUAUGCCCAAUGAUGUUACGUUCAUCGGGCUUCUUUCGGCAUGCAAUCAUGCUGGGUUAGUAGACGAAGGGUGGAAAUAUUUCCACUCCAUGAGAGAGUUUGGGGUCGAGCCGCGUCAUCAGCACUAUGCUUGUGUAGUGGAUCUUCUUGCUCGCGCCGGCCAUCUUCAAAAGGCUUAUGAUGUUGUGCUGGGUAUGCCUAUGGAACCGGAGAUUACUGUUUGGGGAGCUUUACUCAAUGCAUGCAAGAUAUACGGUAAUGUAGAGUUGGGCGAAUAUGCGGCUAAAAGGAUUUUCUCUUUAGAGCCUUUGAAUGCGGGGCAUUACGUGCAGCUCUCUAAUAUCUACGCCUCGGCUGAAAUGUGGAAUGAUGUUGCUAAAGUUCGCGUUUUGAUGAAAGAGCGAGGGGCUACAAAGGCGAUAGGAUGCAGCUCUAUUGACAUAAAUGGUAAGCUUCAUUCUUUCCGGAUUGGGGAUAACUCGCACCGGAGAUCGAAGGAGAUCUUUGCAAUGCUGGAUGAGGUGGAGAGGAAGCUAAAAGAGUUCGGGUUUGUUCCUCACAUAAAUUCGGUCUUACAUGACCUUGAUAUUGAGGAGAAGGUAGAGUCAUUGUGUAAUCAUAGCGAGAGGAUAGCCAUUGCUUUUGGUUUGAUCAGUACGACUCCUGGAACGACCCUCAGGAUUACGAAGAACCUUCGUGCGUGCAUGAAUUGCCAUUCUGCUACGAAACUAAUAUCGAAAAUAUUCGAAAGAGAGAUAGUGGUCAGGGAUAUAAAACGGUUCCAUCACUUCAAGGACGGGUCUUGUUCCUGCAGGGAUUACUGGUGAAAGCUAGCUUGGUGCUAAAUCAUUUGGACAUCCCGCAAACAUAAAAACAAGGUGCUGGUUUCGUAGGAAUGCAGGUGCUGAGCCUGACAACUUUAUAAGAACGCAAUCAGGUUUUGCAAAGGCCGAUGCGACAACUUCACAGAAAAUUUCAGUGUUGGCUUAAAGGAGCGAGCAUUCAGCCCUGCAACGGAGGCCACGUUGGUUUUCUCCGGCAGCUUUUAGUCCGCGAGGUAUUGAAGGGGGUUAAGGAGACGGACGGUGCCGGUGGCUUCGUCCUGCAGGACAAGAAGGCCGUCAGCAAUGCUGACGAUAUAGUGGCUGCAGAACAUCAGCCGGUGGAGAGAUAAAAGAAACGACAACGGCGGAGACCGGCGGGCUAACACCGUCACAAAGCAUUAUCCACUUUCGAGGGCGGAAGCAGCCGGCAAAAUGGUCCUUCGGAUCGGACACAGCGCAUCUCCAUGAACGGCACAUGGCACGGAACGUCUGAUGUGAGCAUCGGAAUGAAAAGAGCAAUACUACUCAUAGACCCUUAGACCAGGUAUAAAUUUUACACCCUCUACUCGUCUUAUCAGCAAUUAUAAAAUUGGUGAAAAUGUGUGGAGACACCCCUCCACUAUUUUUUUUGUUUUUUUAUUGUGAAUUCUCAACUUGUAAUUUUUUUUAUUUGAGUUUUUAUAGUUAAUUAAGGUAAAAAUAUUAUCAAAUUUAAUGACUUGAAUAGCUAUUAACUGUUCAUUGACCUAGUUCUAUCUACUAAAAAGUGAUUAAAGUCAAUUAAUUCGGUGAAAUCAUCAAUAAAUUUGAUAAAAUCCCCAAUUUUUUUUUACUUAAAAGUAGCUUGAUUCCAAAAAAUGAAACUUGAGGGGGUCCCAAUCAAAACCAAAAUAGUUGAGAGGGCUAUGUUAGAACGUCCAAUAGUUGAGGGGGUCUAUUUUGAAAUGGUAUAAAUGUAUGAAAAAUUCCUCAA